AUGUCAAUUAUAUCAACAUCAUUAAUAAUAGGCUCCCUACUUACAGUAGGAGGGUAUAUGUUAUUUACAGGAUCUGGUGAAUCUUUUAAUAUUGGAGAAUUUUUAGAAACUACAUCACCAUAUAUGUGGGCUUCAUUAGGUAUUGCAUCAUGUAUUGGAUUUUCAGUAGUUGGAGCAGCAUGGGGGAUUUUUAUAACUGGUACAUCAAUAUUAGGUGCUGGUGUAAAAGCUCCAAGAAUAACUACAAAAAAUUUAAUUUCAAUUAUAUUUUGUGAAGUUGUUGCAAUUUAUGGAUUAAUUAUGGCAAUUGUAUUUUCAUCAAAGUUAACAAGUGUAUCAUCAUCAAUAUUAUAUUCAAAAGAAAAUUUAUAUACUGGUUUUUCAUUAUUUUGGGCUGGUAUAACUGUUGGAAUAAGUAAUUUAAUUUGUGGUAUAGCUGUUGGAAUAACUGGUUCUACUGCAGCUAUAAGUGAUGCAGCAGAUAGUUCGUUAUUUGUUAAAAUAUUAGUUGUUGAAAUUUUUGGAUCAGUUUUAGGAUUAUUUGGAUUAAUUGUUGGAUUAUUAAUGACAGGUAAAGCACAAGAAUUUAAAUAA